UCCGCGACAAAGGAGCGAGCAUGUCUUUGCACAGGCUGAUGGUGUAUUUGUCCACUGCAUGCUUGUUUUGCUCCAUGGUAGGACUCAAUGCCUUGCUCUUCGUCAUGCAUUUUAUUUCACCGAGUAUCACAAAGAAGAUAAUCCUCAAAAUGGGUGAAAAGACCACGAUGACCCAGAAUCCCAACUUCAAGUAUGAAGAUUGGGGUCUGACUUUUGCCAGCACUAAUUUCUUGAAAGCCGCCGGCCACAACAUGUGGCUGUCCCUCGGACAAGAUGCCUUUGUGGGGCUCGAAGCGCCGGACACACCUGUGGUCAACAUGGAUGGGACGAAAACAAGUAUCUGCACGUACUUGAAAGGCAACAGGCCGCUGGUGUUGAGUUUUGGAAGCUGCACCUGACCCCCGUUCAUCUACAAACUUGAGGAGUUCAAGCAACUCGUCAAGGACUUCGGGGAUGUCGCGGACUUUGUUGUGGUCUACACAGCCGAGGCGCAUUCAACAGAUGGUUGGGCCUUUACCAACAACUUUGACAUCAACCAGCACCAGAACCUGCAGGACAGGCUGUCCGCGGCGCAGAUCUUGGUUCAGAAGGAGCCCCUGUGUCCGGUCGUCGUAGACGACAUGAGCGACGUGUCCGCCAUAAAGUACGGCGCCCUGCCCGAGAGGCUGUACGUGCUGCAGGCCGGGAAAGUUGUCUACAAGGGGGGCUUGGGGCCUUGGGGUUACGAUCCGAUGGAGGUGCGUUCGUUCCUGGAGAAGAUGGAAUAAGGUUGUUUGAGUAUUUCCCCUCCCAACAGUCUCAUUUGUUGGGGGGGGGGGGAGGGGUCUCUGUCAACGUCAUCAACAUUUAGUCUCAUAUAGCACAAUAACAUACAGUUGAUCUUUAAAACAAUAAAUAAUCAAGACUCAAGUCAAUUAACUGCUGUAGUUUUAUAACUAGAAAUAAUAUUCAAACUUGAACUAAUAUUGCUUUUAGGCUCUGCGGUAAUGGAGGGGGGGGGGGGGGACGUACUCCUGUCAAUCUCUGAGCUUGAACUCUCCUCUGUGUUUCUUAGUGACGGCUGCAGAUUAAACCGUUGGCCUCUGUCGCCAGAUGAAGUGAAACGCAGAGACAGUCGGGCGAAGAGAUUGCGUUUGAGAUAUUGCAAAAUGUACAGAAUUGUUGUUUUUUUUACAAAUUUUUAUUUUGAUGAUUUUUAAGUCAAUGAAAGCACCUGUUUUUUCACUUCUUGCAGGUUCAGUCCUUAAGUUUCCCAUAAGUGUUAUACACGGUUUUAUUUACUAUUGUCAACAAAUGCUCCGCGGUAGUUUCACAGGAGGAUGUUUUUUUAGAUGACGAUUACAGUGCAAACCUCUGGUAACUGUAAUCUGAUGGAUUACUUGAAAGACAGCCAUCUCUGGAUUUUAUAUCUUGGAGCAUUUCUGAUGAAAUGUAAUGUUUGCAUUCUAGUACAAUAAAGAACAAUAUGGGAAGACGA